AUGGGUGACUGUGAUUUGCUGCGCCGUGUCUGUCCCCGCUCUUUCAUUGCCCCUUUUCUUCAACGACGAGUUAGGCCUGAUGGCAGGAGACUCUGGGAGGCACGCCCCUUUGAAUUGCAUGCAGCAGGUUUAGAUAGAGUUAUUUGCUGCAGCAAAGGAGACACAGGAGACACCCCUGUCGGGCCUCCUCUUGCUGCUGCACAUGCAUCUGCUGCUGUACGAGCAGGGGCAGACUGGUGGUUUGCUGCUGUCGAAUGCAAACUCGGGCCCCCAGUACCCUUGCCUCCCCCCAGCAGCAGCAACAGCAGCAGCAGCAGCAGCAGCAGCAGCAGCAGCAGCAGCAGCAAUGAUGAUGAGCGUUGGGGAGGCAAAGUCUUAGUUUCUGUGGAGAUGCCUCGCAUAUGCGGCUGCCCCUCAGAAGACACGUUAGGUACAGCUCGUGAGGUGUCUAGGCACCUAACAGCUCUCUUUAAUAAUCCUGAUGUCUUCAACUGCUCUCAACUCAAAUUCAAUGGAGAUGCAGCAGCAGCAGCUGCAGAAGCAGCAGCAGCAGCUGCUGCUGCUGCUGGUAAGAGCACCAGCAGCAAAAACAGCGACAGCAACAGCAGCAGCAACAGCAGCAUCGACAGCAGCGACAGCAGCAGCAGCAGCAGCAACGAUGAUGAAGCAGAGAUAAAGUUCUACUGGCACAUAGAUAUACGCAUUGCAUGCAUUCAAUCGGGAGGAAGUGUAGUUAGAGCUGCAGCUCUUGCUGCUGUUGCUGCUCUUAGCUGUCUCCGUCUGCCUGAUGUAGAGUGGGACCCCCAAAGGAAGUGGUGGGCCUUCUUGCCUCCUCCUUCUUCUCCUGCUGCUGCUGCUAACAGCAGCAGCAACAGCAGCAGCAGCAGCAGCAGCAGCAGCAGCAGCAGCUGUGGGGUGGUAAGGGGUAAGAGAGUAGUGCUGAAUGCUUUACCUGUCUCCUUAACUGCCUGUCACGUAUUAGAAAGCACUUGGGUGUUGGAUCCUACUGAAGAAGAGAGACAGCUAGGCCCAACUGUUGAUUUUCUAUCAAUUAAAGAAGGAGACACCCCGUUGCUUCACAAACUGCAGGGGCCCCCCUUAGACCCCGUCCUGCUGCAGCAGCUGCAAACUGCUGCUGCACAGGCACUCGAAGACACACGCAAACAACUCGCUGAGGCAAUUUCAAUCUAA